GCUGAUCUAUUCUACAGGAGAAUAGUGUGUUUGACUGUACCAGACCACUGAUCAGAUGCAAGAUUUCCUCAGAACUGUAGAAAUGGAGUGAUAAAUAGGUGCAAGAUACCAUAGGAAAAAAUCACAUCGUUACUACAUUUUAAAACAUAAAUGAAGAUAAAUAGUCCAUUUAUGGAAAGAUUUACAAUGGUUGAUACAGAAAUGCCGUUUUGGCCCAUAAACUUUGGAGUUAGCCCAGUCGAUCUUUCUGCUAUGGAUGAGCACUCCCAUUCCUUCGAUAUAAAGCCCUUUACGACCGUCGAUUUUUCCAGCCUUUCUUCACCACAUUACGAGGAUCUUCCUCUUGCAAGAAAUGACCAGACAUCCCUCGACUACAAAUAUGACAUGAAGUUUCAAGAAUGCCAAAAUGCAAUAAAAAUGGAGCCUCCGUCUCCACCGUACUUCUCAGAAAAAGUUCAGAUGUACAGUAAACCUCAUGAAGAAGCCUCCAGUUCUCUCAUGGCCAUUGAAUGCAGGGUCUGUGGAGACAAAGCUUCUGGAUUUCAUUAUGGAGUACAUGCUUGUGAAGGCUGUAAGGGCUUCUUUCGCAGAACAAUCCGGUUAAAGUUAAUCUACGAUCGGUGUGAUCUCAACUGUCGCAUUCAUAAAAAAAGCAGAAAUAAAUGCCAGUACUGCAGAUUCCAGAAGUGCCUUGCAGUUGGGAUGUCACAUAAUGCUAUCAGGUUUGGGCGAAUGCCACAAGCGGAGAAAGAGAAGCUCUUAGCAGAGAUUUCAAGUGACAUCGACCAGUUAAACCCUGAGUCUGCGGAUCUUCGAGCUCUUGCCAAGCUCUUGUAUGAUUCGUACAUCAAAUCCUUCCCUUUGACCAAAGCCAAAGCAAGAGCCAUCUUGACAGGAAAGACAACAGACAAAUCACCAUUUGUCAUUUAUGACAUGAAUUCUUUAAUGAUGGGAGAAGACCAGAUUAAGUGCAACCAUCUGGGCCCCAUGCAAGAGCAGAACAAAGAGGUGGCCAUCCGUAUCUUUCAGCGCUGUCAGUUUCGUUCAGUGGAAGCAGUUCAGGAGAUCACAGAGUUUGCCAAAAGCAUUCCAGGUUUUGUGACCCUGGACCUGAAUGACCAAGUGACUCUCCUGAAAUAUGGGGUCCAUGAGAUCAUCUAUACUCUCCUGGCCUCCCUGAUGAAUAAAGACGGUGUUCUCAUAUCAGAUGGGCAAGGAUUCAUGACUCGAGAAUUUCUGAAGAGUCUCCGGAAACCUUUUUGUGACUUUAUGGAACCCAAGUUUGAGUUUGCUGUCAAGUUCAACGCGCUGGAAUUAGACGACAGUGAUCUUGCAAUAUUUAUAGCUGUUAUUAUUCUAAGUGGAGAUCGCCCUGGAUUACUUAAUGUGAAGCCCAUUGAAGAGAUUCAAGACAAUUUGUUGCAAGCUUUAGAACUCCAGUUAAAGCUGAAUCACCCUGAAUCAUCACAGCUGUUUGCAAAACUGUUGCAGAAAAUGACAGACCUCAGACAGAUUGUAACAGAACAUGUGCAACUUUUGCAAAUUAUCAAGAAGACCGAGACAGAUAUGAGCCUUCAUCCACUCCUACAAGAAAUUUAUAAGGACUUAUAUUAAGAGCCAUAUAAUUUCUGAUGCAUUAACAUGAUGUACGUUCCUCCGAUUGCACUAUUUCUUUUGAAAGAGAAAUAUUACAUGCCAAAGAAAUUACUGUGAAAAACAAACAUUUAGAAAGAGACAGAGCUUUACUAUUCUAGAUCUAUUUUAUGCAUAUUGUUUAUAAGGACACAUUUACUAUUUACUUUUAAUAUUAAAAUGUCUAUAUCAAGAAAUUGUUGGCAGUAUUUUCAUAAAACACAAUUGCUUGUUCAAAUCAAUUUAAAAAUAUUGAGGUUGGUUAGCUCUACAGUUAAAAUACAGCCUCACAAUAAAAGAAAGGUUUUGUUCUCUCCCCCCACCAGGCAAGAUUCCUAGAUAGUUUAAUAAUUUUGUAUUCAUGUUCAAAAACCAGUAUCAGGUCACCUCUGAUUAGAGACAUGACAUUUGGUGUCUUUAAAAAACAAAACAAAAACUCCAACCUUUUAAAAAAUUCACUGAAAGAAGGAGAAAGGGACCUAAUUUUCGGCUCACUGAUUUCCUCAAAUGCUGUUUGGUGUUAGCUGGUUUUUAAGGAAUUACUUGAAGCCAGUUGGUAAAAUUAUUGCUUAUCAUCAUUAUUAUUUAUAUCUAUACAGUAUGUGAUACAAAUUACAUGCAUCUCCAUGUAAUAAUAAAGCAGACAGUU